AGAAGUAAGACAAACGUCAAGGAAACAUUUCUAUAUAAAGUUCAAGUGCAAAUCAUUAAACUGAUAAGAUGAGUGGACGUGACAAUCGAGGCGCCGGCGGCGGCGGCGGCGGAGGAGGAGGUGGCAGUGGUGGUGGCCAUCAUCAUCAUCAGCCAUUGAGCAGCGCCAUGGGCAAGCUUAAGGAGAAAUUGACCAGAGUUGGUGACGAUUUGGGUUAUCAUCGUGUGGAAAGCAAUUUGUCUACAUCAAAUACGGCCACAAGUUUGGAUACAAUAUUGCCAGAGGAUCCUUUUCUAUUUCCACAAGAGGCACCACAGCGUCAUCCUCAACAGAGUCCAAGCCAGAGUCAGCAGCAACAACGUCGUUUUCUAGACGACGAGCCGCCAUUAUCUUUUCGUCCAUUGCUCGAGGACGAUGACAUUAAUGAACCACCCACACAGCAGCAGCCCCAACAGCAACACCAACAACAGCAUCGUUCACCUUUAAGCGCUAGUGGUAGCUUGGAAUUGACCCCCUUACCGCCACCACCCACAACAUUAGAGCCACGUGAUCGCCAACAGCGCAGUAUUCCCGGUGAGGAUUUGCAACGCAGCAAGCAAUCUCUGAAAGGUUCACGUGUAUCCUUCGAGAAAACCAAUAGCAAACAGGCAGCCGAGAGCAGUGACGAAGAUAGUUUCGAGGAUAAGCGUAUUGGUUUCCAACAGCAGAAGGCCACAAGUGUUGAUCACAAGGGCAUUUUGAAGGAUUUAAAGCAUAUAUUAGCCAACGACAAUCGUCGUCAGUUUCAGGCCAAAAAGCAUGUAUCAUUGGAUGUGAAGGGAACACGUUUCCUACAAGAUCUACUUAAGGAAUCAUCAUCCGAAGAGGAAUUCCAUAAGACACGACGCGAAUUCCAAGGACGCAAACAUCAAAGUCUUGAUCCGCGUGUUACAUUUAAAUUAGACAAAGUAUUACAAGGCUCCAGCACAGACAGUGACGAGGAGGGCGAUGAUGCUGAGCACAAACGUCUGAUACAUAGACCCAAAGACAUAACCAAACCUGUGAUUAUCGAUCUAAAGGAUUUGGAAAGUGAAAGUGACGAAGAUUUUCUAACAUCACGACAACAUUUCCAACAGCAACGUUCGAUUAGCACAGAUUCCCGCAAAAGUCGACGUUUGUACGAAAUGGAUGACAUGGGCAAUAAACGUGGCGACAAUAUCCGACAUGCAGUGCCCUUUGUACGACAGAUCACUGAAGAUGGCAAACCCAAACUUGAGGUCUAUAGACCCACAACAAAUCCCAUCUAUAUAUGGACACAGGUUUUGGCUGCUUUGAGUGUAUCAUUGGGCUCACUGGUUGUGGGCUUUGUGAGUGCCUACACUUCUCCGGCCCUAAUUACCAUGACCAAUGGCAACAUUACAUCAUUUGAAGUCACUCCACAAGCGGCCUCUUGGGUUGGCGGAAUUAUGCCCCUGGCUGGUCUACUUGGUGGCAUUGCGGGCGGUCCAUUUAUAGAGUAUCUGGGACGUCGUAAUACAAUUUUGACAACGGCCGUACCUUUCAUUGUGUCUUCAUUGCUGAUAGCAUGUGCGGUGAAUAUUACAAUGGUUCUUUUGGGACGUUUCUUGGCUGGAUUCUGUGUGGGCAUUGCCUCGCUGUCGUUGCCUGUAUAUUUGGGCGAGACUGUGCAACCGGAAGUAAGAGGAACUCUGGGCUUGCUGCCCACGGCAUUUGGUAAUAUAGGCAUUCUCCUAUGCUUUGUGGCUGGCACCUACAUGGAUUGGUCAAUGUUGGCCUUUUUGGGUGCCGCACUGCCGGUGCCGUUCUUGAUUCUAAUGUUCCUUAUACCCGAAACACCACGCUGGUAUGUGAGUCGUGGCAGGGAGGAACGUGCCCGCAAGGCACUCAGUUGGCUGCGCGGCAAGGAAGCGGAUGUGGAACCAGAAUUGAAGGGUCUACUGCGCUCUCAGGCCGAUGCCGAUCGUUCGGCCACACAAAAUACCAUGUUGGAGCUGUUGAAACGGAACAAUCUGAAGCCCUUGUCCAUCUCAUUGGGUCUGAUGUUUUUCCAGCAGUUGAGCGGCAUCAAUGCUGUGAUUUUCUAUACAGUGCAAAUCUUCAAGGAUGCUGGCUCCACCAUUGAUGGCAAUGUGUGUACAAUUAUUGUUGGCAUAGUCAAUUUCAUGGCCACAUUUAUUGGCAUUAUAUUGAUUGAUCGGGCGGGCCGUAAGAUUCUAUUGUAUGUCUCCAAUGUGGCUAUGAUUAUUACCCUUUUCGUGCUUGGCGGAUUCUUCUACUGCAAGGAUAAAGCUGGCAUUGAUGUGUCCAAUGUGGGUUGGCUGCCUUUGAGCUGUUUUGUUGUCUAUAUCUUGGGUUUCUCGCUGGGUUUCGGUCCCAUACCAUGGCUAAUGAUGGGCGAAAUUUUGCCAGCCAAAAUUCGUGGAUCGGCGGCAUCAGUGGCCACCGCAUUCAAUUGGACUUGCACAUUUGUGGUGACAAAGACUUUCCAAGAUAUGUUGGAUGUCAUUGGUUCAUAUGGUGCCUUUUGGCUAUUCGGAGCCAUUUGCUUUAUUGGCCUAUUCUUUGUGAUAAUCUAUGUGCCCGAAACUCAGGGUAAAACACUCGAGGAUAUUGAGCGUAAAAUGAUGGGACGUGUGCGUCGCAUGUCCUCGGUGGCAAAUAUUAAGCCGCUGUCCUUUAACAUGUAAAGCAACAAACACACACACACAAACACACUCAUAUAUAUAUAAAAAUAUGCCAUAUUAUCAAACAAAACAAAACAUAAAAAAGAGGAUCUUUAAAGCGAUCAAACCAAAUAUUAGUCUGUAGUGUCCUUUUAGUUUAUAAGUCCAGAAUUAUUGACUCCUAAUUCAAAACAAAAAAAAAAAAAAAAAUAGAUGAAUCUUGGUUUUAUGUAGAGGAGCGGAAAAAAAAACUAAUUAUGAAGAAUUUCCUUUAUAUCUAUUGUUAAAAUUUUUAAACUUUAAGUUCUUAGUUUUAUAUGUAUGUAAAUUAUAUUGAGUUUUACUAGCAAUAAUUUGUUGACAUUUGAGAAAUUUCAAAACCAAAAGGAAGUUAUUAUGAAUUUAUCGGUGUAGCAACAAAGAAAAAAAAAAAAAAACAAUGAAAACAAAUUUUAGCUAUAACUAAUCCCCCCCACCAUCAGCCCCCAUACACACUCUAAGAGAGUACAUCAAUUGGCUAUACAUAUACCUAUAUAUUUCGAAUAUACAUAUUAAAUAUAUUAGAUAAGAGAGAAUGUUAAAAAACAACCCAA